GCGUUCUUAGCGUGUUGUGAUUAUCCAGCGUCCUGCAGGAGCAGAUCAAUUCUAGAGAAGUGUUCAGAGUUUAAUUUUUUCUUCUUGCUAUGACUCCCGGAGUUGUAUAAAAUGUCUGGGAUCAGGGAUCUAUCAGAAGUUCAGCAGUUGAUGUUAAUCAAAGAAGAGGUUCUUUAUGAGCAGCAGGAGAGGAGCUCCAGUUUGAACCAGGAGGAGUUACCGAAACCAGCACACAUUAAAGAGGAAUUAGAGGAACUGCGGAUUACUCAGGAGAGAGAGCAGCUUCAAGGAGCAGAGGAGGAUGAUAUCAAAGUGUUCACAUUCACUCCUGUCCCUGUGAAGAGUGAAGAGGAGGAUAGAGAGGAACCUCAGUCCUCACAGCUUGAUGUAAACCAAAACCAAGAGGACAAAGACACUGAGCAUUUAAAAGCAGAAGGUUUUGGAGAGGAAUGUGGUGAAUCAGAAGAAUACAUUCAUUUCCAGUCAGUGACUCCUGAAAAGGCUUCAGACCUCUCUGGAUCAGAGACUGAUGACAGUGCGGAUUGGGAAGAGAGCGAUGAGCCUCAGGAUGGUCUAAGAGUCAACACGGGAGAGAAACCAUUUAGUUGCUCAAUUUGUAAUAAGAGAUUCAAACAAGGUGGGGCUCUUAAAAGACAUUCUCUCAUCCACACAGGGGAAAAACCAUUUAGUUGUUCAGUUUGUGGUAAAAGUUUUUCUCAGCAUGGGCAACUAAAAAGGCACACUAUUAUUCAUACAGGUGAGAAACCAUUUAGUUGUUCAGUUUGUCAUAAAAGGUUUUCUCUUCAAGCACAUCUCAGGGUACACUUGACUGUCCACACUGGGGAGAAACCUUUUAGUUGCUCAGUUUGUCAUAAAAAGUUUUCUCUCCACGGAAAUCUGAAAAAACACCUGAAUGUCCACACAGGGGAGAAACCAUUUAGCUGCUCAGUUUGUCAUAAGCGCUUUUCUCAAAAUGGACAUCUGAAGCAACACUUGACUGUCCACACGAAGGAGAAACCAUUUUGUUGCUCACUUUGCAAUAAACGUUUUUCUCUCCAAGGGAAUCUGAAGAAACACCUGUCUGUCCACACAGGAGAGAAACUCUUUAGCUGUUCAGUUUGUCAUAAAAGUUUUUCCCAGCAAGGGCAUCUAAAGAAGCACCUGACUCUGCACACUGGGGAGAAACCAUUUAGCUGUUCAAUUUGUCAUAAAAGCUUUUCAGUCCAAGGAUAUCUCAAGAAACACAUGACUGUACACACAGGGGAGAAACCAUUCAGAUAUUAAUUUUGCCAUAAAAGUUUUUCAGAGCAUGGCAUCUGAAGCAACAUUUGACUAAUCAUACAGAAGAAUAAUCAUUUAGUUUUCAGUGUGUGGUUUUAGAUUUUAAAGAGGUGGAUAUGCAAGAAUAAUAGGUUGCUGUGUUGUUGAUAAAAGGCUGACAUGGUCUGAGUGUUUAUAAAAAUUACAAGUUUGUUGGGAGAACAAAAAUGAGUUUUGAAUCAUUUUAUCCAUCCAGCUAAGAAGACAACACUUUAUUCUUGAAGUUCUUUUUUUUCUUUGUUUAAUUAUAU